AUGGUCCAAUACACUGAGAGACCAGCCAGCGGGGAGAAGUCCCAGUUUCAACCGGGGCACAAGAUCCCCAUUCAACAUCUGGACAAGCCAGGGCUGCAGCUGGACAUGGAGGACCCUAAGCCGGUCUCCUCCUAUGUCCCCACAGAAGAUGGCGGAUAUCAGCUCUACAAGGCCGCGGGCAAGCUCCAGGGCAAACGAGUCAUCGUCACCGGCGGCGAUUCGGGCAUUGGACGGGCCAUUGCCGUCCUGUAUGCGAUGGAAGGCGCUUCAAGCAUGAUUGUUUACUUACCCUCGGAGGAAAAGGACGCCCAGGAAACCAAGAAAGAAGUCGAAGCGGCCGGCCAAAAAUGCCAUUGCCUCGCAAUGGAUUUGCGGAAUAAGGACAAUUGUUGCAAGGUCGUCGACACGGCUAUCCAGUGCAUGGGCGGCAUUGAUAUCUUGGUGAACAAUGCCGCCUUCCAGAAUAUGCUGAGCGACAUUGGGGAGCUGGAUGAGGCCCAGUGGGAACGAACUUUCAACACCAACAUCCACCCCUUCUUCUAUCUGGCCAAAUAUUCUCUGCCCCAUAUGAAGAAGGGUUCCACGAUCAUCAACUGUGCGUCGGUUAACCCGUACAUCGGACGUGGUGAUCUCCUAGACUAUACAACGACCAAGGGCGCGAUUGUCGCAUUCACACGAGCUCUAUCCAACCAGCAAAUCAAAAAAGGCAUCCGAGUCAAUUGCGUAUGUCCUGGGCCCAUUUGGACUCCGUUGAUCCCAUCGACAAUGCAGACCUCUGCCAUGGAACAGUUCCAUGAGGUGCCUAUUGGUCGGCCAGGACAGCCCAGUGAGGUUGCCACAUGCUUCGUCUUUCUGGCAAGCCAAGAUAGUAGCUAUAUCUCCGGCCAAUGUCUGCAUCCCAACGGCGGUGUGAUUGUCAACGGCUAA